CAAGAGUUUCAAAUCUGCUCAUCAACCACCAACGGCGUCAUCCUAUUCCUCAUCCACCACACAUACUCCGAAAACCAGCCACAAAGCGAGCCAGCCGAACGAUGUCAAGCUCAACGAAACCACCAAGCCCACAACUGCCAUUGAUCGACCUACGAUCGAGACCUAGCCUAGGAUUCCGUGUUCCAAAUCCCCCUCUAUGUAAAGAAGAAGCCCAAUCGAAAACAUUGUCCAAACAAUCGACCCAGAAUUUCUCAACGAGCCGGGGCAAAACACAGGAUGAGAUCGAGCUGAACAGUUUGCGCCAGAAGAAAGCCUGGGAUCUUGCACUUGCGCCAGCCAAGCAAGUCCCCAUGCAAGGAUUCAUGAUGUGGAUGAGCGGGACUGGUGUGCAAAUCUUCAGUGUGAUGAUGGUUUAUAUGUUGAUCAAGGGAGCCAUCACAGCCUGCAUCUCAGUCAACACCACCUUCCAACCAUUCGAAUCCACCCUCCCAUCGAGCUCGACCACCUCACCAGCUUCUUCUUCAAAACGACCCCCGAAAACUCCGAAACCCAAGUCGUUGGUCCCCCAGAAACUGACUUUCAUCGCCUGUCAAUCGUUGCUAUUGCUCCUCGGACUGUGGAAGGUUAAUGGGAUGGGCUUGUUGCCCACGAGGUUGUCGGAUUGGAUCAUGUACGAAAAAAGACCGUCCUGGGCCCUUCGACAACCCAUGGACUCGUUUACAGUUUUCAGUCCUUAAAGUAUGACCUUUCUUAUUCUUGUUUAUUUUGAAUUCUCUAAAUAUAUUUCUAUGUAAAGAAAUGAAACAUAUAGAUCAUCAG